AUGAGAGCUGGAACAAUCGGUGGUCCGUAUGCCAUUGAUGCUCAUUCAGGUUACGACUUCCCUUGGUCUUUACACCACAUCAUACCUUUUUGGGCUGGUGCUGAUCAUGAUUAUUACCAGCAUGAAAAGUUUAUGGGAUCUUAUUAUACUAGCUUUUGUUGGACAGAUGCUAUGAUUGGUAUUGAUAAAGGUUAUAAAGCAUAUCAUAAGAAAGAAGAAAUCAAUCGAGAAAGAGUAAAGGUGGAUAGUAAGAAAGUAGAAUAA